CUCAAACCAAAGCAGUGAAAUUAUUUAAAAUUUGAUUAACUAACAUAAUUAACAUCCUUACAAAUUGUGAAACCGAUUUUUUAUCCAAUAUAUUAAUAUAUAUCUGACAAGGACACGAUUCACAACAAUCUACUUCACCGGAACGCGCGCGUUUCAUCCGCUUUCCUCCACGCGCAACAGCCGUUACCGUCCCGCACGUGAUCUCCAUGGAAACGUCAUCAAGCUAGAGAAGUCUAUUAGGUGUGCGCUAGCUGAGCAUGGCAGCAAAGGUAAUGAUAAAGCGGGCUGAUCCAGCAGAGCUCAAGUCCAUUUUCUUGAAGUAUGCCAGUGUGGAGAAGAAUGGAGAGCGCCACAUGUCCCCAGAGGACUUUGUGUUCAAGUUCCUCCAUGCACAAACAGAUAUAAGGCUGUCCAAGGAGGCCACCGUUCUACUGGCAGGUGUUCUGGACCAGACCAAAGAUGGGUUGAUCUCCUUCCAGGAGUUUCUGGCUUUUGAGUCGGUGCUGUGUGCUCCGGAUGCUCUCUUCAUGGUCGCCUUCCAGCUCUUCGACAAAACUGGAAAUGGCACUGCCACUUUUGAGGAUGUGAAACAAGUUUUCGGUCAGACCACUAUUCACCAGCACAUCCCCUUUAACUGGAACUCAGAAUUUGUUCAGCUUCACUUUGGCGCAGAGAGGAAGAAACACCUUAACUACGGGGAGUUCACUCAGUUUCUGCUGGAGAUGCAGCUUGAACAUGCCAGACAGGCUUUUGCGCAGAGAGACAAGGCCAGGACAGGCACCGUCACGGCUCUGGACUUCAGGGACAUUAUGGUGACCAUCAGACCCCACAUGCUUACACCAUUCGUGGAGGAAUGCUUAGUUGCAGCAGCCGGUGGCAGUACGUCACAUCAGGUCAGCUUUUCCUACUUUAAUGGCUUCAACUCUCUGCUAAACAACAUGGAGCUCAUUAGGAAGAUCUACACCACCCUGGCAGGCAGCCGCAGAGAUGUGGAAGUUACUAAAGAGGAGUUCAUCAUUGCUGCCCAAAGGUUUGGCCAGGUGACCCCUAUGGAAGUGGACAUCCUGUUCCAGCUGGCUGACCUGUCUGAGCCGAGAGGGCGUGUUGGUUUAGUUGACAUUGAGAGGAUUGCACCUCUGCAGGAGGGAGCUCUUCCUUACAACCUUGCUGAGAUUCAAAGACAGCAGUCUGGUGGGGACGCGUCUCGCUCGGUUCUGAUUCAGGUCGCUGAGUCGGCGUACAGGUUCACCCUGGGCUCCGUGGCUGGAGCCGUGGGUGCCACCGCCGUGUACCCCAUCGACCUGGUGAAGACCCGCAUGCAGAACCAGCGUUCUUCAGGUUCCUUCGUCGAUGAGCUGAUGUACAAGAACAGCUUAGACUGCUUCAAGAAGGUCGUGCGCUACGAGGGCUUCUUCGGUCUCUACAGAGGCCUCGUACCGCAGCUUCUGGGCGUGGCUCCCGAGAAAGCCAUAAAGCUUACAGUUAACGACUUUGUGAGAGGAAAGACUAUGCAAAAAGACGGCAGCGUUCCUCUACAUGCUGAAAUCUUGGCUGGCGGAUGUGCCGGGGGAUCUCAGGUGAUCUUCACAAACCCUCUGGAGAUUGUGAAGAUCCGUCUGCAGGUGGCAGGAGAAAUCACCACAGGGCCACGCGUCAGCGCUCUCUCUGUCAUCCGUGACCUGGGUUUCUUCGGCCUGUACAAGGGUGCAAAAGCCUGUUUCCUGAGAGACAUCCCCUUCUCGGCCAUCUACUUCCCCUGCUACGCACACACCAAGGCGGCCCUGACCGACGAAGACGGGCGAGUGGGACCUGGCAGGCUUUUGCUGGCAGGGGCGCUGGCGGGCAUGCCUGCCGCAUCCCUGGUGACCCCUGCUGAUGUUAUCAAGACCCGGUUACAAGUGGCUGCCCGUGCAGGCCAAACCACGUACAAUGGACUCAUUGACUGUUUCUGGAAGAUUCUUCGGGAGGAGGGGCCUCGUGCCUUCUGGAAAGGAGCUGGAGCUCGUGUGUUUCGCUCCUCGCCGCAGUUCGGAGUGACGCUGGUGACCUAUGAGCUGCUGCAGAGGUGGUUUUACGUAGACUUCGGCGGACAAAAACCAGCUGGCGCAGAGCCUACUCCCAAGUCUCGGAUCAGCCUCCCGGCGCCCAAUCCUGACCACAUCGGUGGCUUCAGGUUGGCCGUGGCCACGUUUGCUGGCAUCGAGAGUAAAUUUGGACUUCAUCUACCACGAUUCCGAGCGCCCGCCACCCCCCAUGCUUGAGGCAAACGCGUGCACAUGGGGGUGACGGUACCUUGUGUUCAUCUGCACUGGAACAAACACACACUUCCUCUCUUCCUUCAUGUUGAGAACGUAAAACCUUCAGCAGAUGAACUGGAACGGAUGUUUUAUGUGAUUAUUAAUACAAAUUACAGCUUUAAAGUAGAUGGGGAUGAUCUACCACAAAGUUCUGGAUUCUUAAAUGUAAAUCAUUUUACAUUUGAUUCUAUAAGUUGUUUUAUUGUAUUUUUAUUUACCUGGGGAAAAAAAAAAAUAUUAUUUACAUAUUGCAUUUUUAACAGUACAAGCACAUCUAGUUGAAAUUGAACAAUGAUUUCAUUUUAUUUUUAAUGAUUUCUUUUUCCCAUAAAACUAUGUAAUCACAUACUAACAUUCAUUUCAUUACUGAUGUGGACAAUCACAUUUGAAUGUAUAAUAGUAUUUAAUAUUUAUGUUUGUAUCAUGUUUUGGGGAUCUAUGUUGAUUCAUAGUCCAGAGACUCCAGAGUAAGGUUUGACAGAUAAUGUUUGUUAGUACUGUAUUUCUUUAUCCCUUGAAAAAUAAUGUGAAGACACUAUGUUAGGGUGACCAUAUGCGCCAUUUUCCCAGGACACGUCCUGUCCAGGAUUUCCAAGUUGCAUAAAAUGUAGUUUUGGUUUUCAUAUUUGCGGAAGGUAAUGAUUAAAAAAUUAUUUUACCAAUAGCGUGCAAUCGUGGUUUGCGAGAAGGCUGGAUCUACAGAGAACGGUCAAAGCAUUGCAAAUACGACAACAUUUUAACGCAUUGCAUGAAUACUGUCAAUAAGAACAGUGGCUUGCACAGACCUCCGUUUAGAAAUCGCGUUCAGGGGGCACAUCGAUAUGACCACUUUCACGAUUAAAGAGACAAGGGCUCAAGCCAUUUUAGGCAAUUUACAAAUCCUGGACAGGACGCGUCCUGGGAAAAUGGCACAUAUAUGGUCACCCUAUACUAUGUUGAGCUGUACACUACAGUAGAGUUGAUUGUACAUAUAGUGUGUAAAGAGUGCCUUAGAUGCACUGAUGGAAAGUUUUAUUAAAAGAUCAAAACGAAA